AUGGCCGGCGCGUCGCUCAACCAAGACGCUGGCCAGCCGUCGCCUGCACCGUCGCCCGCGUCGCCCGCGUCGCUGUCGCCCUUGGCCGGGGCUUCCGCGACGGCCACUACCGGUGGCACCGGUACCACUAACAAUCCCGCCGCUCCCAGCCCCGCCCAGCCCAAGGCAGAGAAGACCAAGGCCAAGGGCAAAGACAAGAAGAAAAAGCGAGACCUCGACGACAAAACGCGUAAGUACCUCUUCUCCGUCGUCGAGACCGAAGCCUCGCGGCCGCAUACGCCCUCGGACCAGGGGAUUGUGGUCGAGGAGCCCAAGAAACCGCGCAGGCCGAGGUCGAAGGGGACGUUGCGUGCGGAUACGGACUUUGAGGAUGCUGUUCCGACUUCCCGCGCUGCUGCUGCGCCGGUGAGUGCUUCGGUUGGUGCUUCUGCUUCGGUUGGUGCUGCUGCCGGGGUUGGCUACCCUGUGCCGGAUCCGGCUGUUGCGGCUGCUGUUGCGGCGACGGCUGCACAAGUGAUUGAGCAGUCGGGAGGGGUGAGGGGGUUGCUGGGCCCGCCGAUGCCGAGUCCGGGCACGGCGGAGUUUAUGGAGGGGAUUCAUGCGAUGAAUCUGUUGGCGGCGGAGGAUGAUUUACAUCCUGCUCAGAAGAUGCAUCGCGACCAAAUCUGCGACCUUCACCAACGCCUCUGCGGAUUCCGCACCAAUCUCCGACAACAACCAGGCGUCACAGUAUCGUUUGUCAUCUCGUUCGACACCGACCUCCAGGGCAUCAUGAUCAACACGGCGCAGAUGAACCGGUUGGUUGACGACCUGGCGCGCGAACUGCACGCGGCGCGGGGUGUGCAAGAGCGGGUGCGGGUCCUCGAGGAAGUGCUGCGCGAGCGCGAGGAGGAGAUCAGGGACUGGAAGGCGCGCUUUCAGAAUGCUGAGAAGACGCUGGCGAGUUUGGCGGGGCGGGCUGAGGAGGAUUUGAAGGCUCUUCAGUAUCUCAACGAGAAGGUCCGACACCUGGAGAUGGCUCGCACCAUCCUCCAAGACCAAGUCAACGGCAAACGCAGCCUUUGGCUCAAGUCCGAGGAGAAGGCCGAGAAGGAGAAGCCGUCGUCCUCCCAAGCCGUGCCGAGCAACAACGCCGGCACCAUCAACAACAACAACGAGAACCCCCGCCCGCCCAGCCACCUCUCGUCAGAAACCCACCCGGCCGUGACCGAUCUCUCUGGGAGCAUCCUCUCAGAGAGUGGCCGCUCGGGUGGGAGCAUCCUUUCGGGGAGUGCGCCCUCCUUUCGCUCGGCUUCGCAGGCCAGUGGUGCUGGUGCUUCCGGUGCUUCGGCUUCGUUCAACCAAUGCCUCACGCGGUCCCGGUUCAUCCAGCUCGCACGGUUUACUCAGCCCAACCGGUUCAACAACAGUCGUACCCCCAGCCGUACCAUUCGGCCCGCUCGUCUCAGGGUCCCUCGACCACCAACAGCAGCCAGAGCAACAGCCAGAGCCAAGGUCACAAUCAGGGUGUUCACAACACCAGCGACGCCGACAACUCGGAAACCAGACUAUCAACCGCCUCAUCCCGCCGUCGCGACCCGACCAAGCGCACCGUCACUGACCAAGGCAAUUGACCUGGCCGCGUGGGAGGAUGACUUUAGGUCGUUGUACGCGCUGGUGUAUGGGUUUUGCGCGACGUAUUUUCACGAUUUGCCUAUUCCGCCUAGCGAGGCCUGGCUGCGGGAGCUGCGCUCGGCGUCGAACGGUCAGGUCUGGGAUUACAUGUGCAGUGUGUGUCGCACGAAAGGACCCCGCAAGAACGGGGUUGAGCCGGCCAUGCGACUGCUGCGUGACCGCCACGCCCGGGUCUACCUGCUGCAGCGCAUGAUUGUGCAGCAUUUGGUCAUUCUGGUGUGUGGACAUGAUGGAUGGAAAGAUUUCUCCGGUCCGGUGGAUGGGGAGAUGAAGAGUUUGGAGGCGUUCUUGGCCAAUCCGGGUCUCACCCCCGUAUCCCGCCAGGCCGCCCUCACCCGCCGCGCCGAGCUCAUCACCUCCGUCCUAGAGGCUCCCAGCGCAGCCUCCUUCCGCCACCGCAAGCUCAAUCAGCACAACCACCAGCUCAAAGCCCUCAUGCGGCCCUUCCUAACCCUCAGCGCCCAAGCCAACGCCGCUUCUUCCGAGUUCCUCGACGAAGCCUUCUACGAUCUGCACGCAAUCACCACCGCCGCCUGGGACUUGUCCACCCGCCUCAUGCAAGCCAAAGCCGACUUCCACUUCAUCUGGAGCGACAUCGGCACCAAAUUCGCCGGUAAACCCAAACAGCCUGCUGCAAACCCCGGUGCUCAUGGUAACACGCCCAGUCCGUACAGUGACAACAACGGUAACACGCCCGAGAUCCAUGAGGCGCUGGCGUGUUUUUCCGUUGGGGCCAAUAUGCAGAAGGUGGAGAAGAUGGAGAGGAGGGAUCGGGAGUUGGCGGUUGUGAGGCUGUGUGUGACGCCGUUGGUGACGGUGCGGAGUGAUGGGCAGAUGAAGCUGGGACCGGAACAUCAGUUGUUGGGGAGUGAGGAGGGCAGUUUGACGGUGGUGAAGGCGGGUGUCUUGGCUUUGGUGCCUUAG